AAAAGCUGUAUUUUAAUAUUCCGUUUAAUUUCUAGUUUAUAUUUUUUCUUUUUUUGGUGUGGGUUGUUUUGUUUUUUGGUGGUUUUUUUUGGUGUUUUUUGGGUUUUUUUGCCGGCCGUCGGAGGCGUUCGGCCGCCUCGGGCUCGGCGCUCGGGGCUGGUCGGGCAGGGACGCGUCGCGCGGGACGGGGGCCGCGUUGUCGCUCGCCCCGGGGGCAAGUGCCACGGGGGGCACACGCCGAGCGGGGCGACCACCUGCCCACGUUCCCCCCGGCAGGUGUAAGGCAGCGACGUCGGCAGGAGCAUGGCCCGUACCAAGCAGACCGCCCGCAAGUCCACCGGUGGCAAGGCGCCCCGCAAGCAGCUCGCCACCAAAGCCGCCCGCAAGAGCGCGCCCUCCACUGGCGGGGUGAAGAAGCCGCACCGCUACAGGCCGGGUACUGUGGCUCUGCGUGAAAUCAGGCGCUAUCAAAAGUCUACCGAACUUUUGAUCCGCAAACUCCCGUUCCAGCGUCUGGUGCGUGAAAUUGCUCAGGACUUCAAGACAGAUCUGCGCUUCCAGAGCGCUGCCAUCGGUGCUUUGCAGGAGGCAAGUGAAGCCUACUUGGUUGGCCUGUUUGAAGACACCAACCUGUGUGCUAUCCAUGCCAAACGUGUCACAAUCAUGCCAAAAGAUAUCCAGCUAGCACGCCGCAUACGUGGGGAGCGUGCCUAAAACCUCACCACGAUGGGUUUGUCAUUCUCGAAGCAAAAUCUUCUUCCUGUUAUUGGUAGUAAUGAACGUUAGAUAUUUUUUCCAUGGGGUUAAAAGGUACCUUAAGUAUAUGGUUGCAAGUGGAAAAAUAGGGGACAGAAUUGGGUAUUGGCAAGUUUUCUUUCCAUUUUCAUUUGUGUGUGGAUUUUUAAUAUAAACAAGGGGACAUAAAAAGAAACAAUGUGGUCAAAAGAAUAAAAACAUUAAUUGUUGAAACUUGUUCACCAAAACAACUUUAUAAAAAAAUUAUAAAUAAACCUGUCAAAUUUUUCUGGACAAUGCCAGCAUUUGGAUUUUUUUAAACAAGUAAAUUUCUUAUCAAUGGCAACUAAAUGGUGUUUGUAGCAUUUUUAUCAUACAGUAGAUUCCAUCCAUUCACUAUACUUUUCUAACUGAGUUGUCCUACAUGCAAGUACAUGUUUUUAAUGUUGUCUGUCUUCUGUGCUGUUCCUGUAAGUUUGCUAUUAAAAUACAUUAAAUGAU